AUGUCUCAAUUGCAGCAUGUGGGAGAUCAUUUACCUUCAUUAAGGCCUCAACCGCAUCCAGAAGGUAAGCAACCAUUAGAUGAUGUACCACCAAACAGGCCAGGACAAAACAUCGUAACAUGUAUCUACGAGGUAAAGGUUGCAGAUUCAUGCAGGAACGUAACCGUUACAUGGGCCAAGAACAUCAUGACCCAUUGUUUAACAAUCCUUAUGGAGAAUCCCUCUGGAGAAAAUCACCACGCAUGUAAGAUUGAUCUCAAAUCGUGGCAAUUUUGGGGUAGGAAAGGACUAAAAUCGUUCAAAAUUGAGGAAAAACGAGUGGACGUGUUUUGGGAUUUUAGGGCGGCGAAGAUAACCACGAGUCCUGAACCCUUGUCGGAUUAUUACGUAGCUAUUGUGUCGGAAGAAGAGGUGGCUUUGGUUCUUGGAGAUCAAAAGAAAGAAGCUUUUAAAAGGACGAAAUCAAGACCAUCUUUGGUUGAUCCGGUUUUAUUGCACAAGAAAGAGACUUUAUUUGGUAGGAAACAUUUCUGUUCACGGACAGUUCUUGGGAAGAAUCAAAAAGACAGAGAGAUUAUGAUUGAUACUUCUUUGUCGGGUCCAAGUGAUCCUGAAAUGAUGAUUAGCUUUGAUGGGAAUGUAGCGAUUCGAGUGAUGAAUCUGCAUUGGAGAUUCAGGGGAAAUGAGACGGUUAUGAUUGAGAAUGUGCCGGUUCAGAUCUUUUGGGAUGUUCAUGAUUGGCUAUAUAAUACUAGUAACAAUAAUGGGCUUAAUUCAGGUCAGGGUUUCUUUAUAUUCAGGCCGACUGAACCAUCGGGAAAUGAAGAAUCUUUGCUCAACAAUUGGGAGGAAUUUGAUCCUACCAAUAUGGAUUUUUGUCAUCUUUUACAUGCUUGGAGGGUUGAAUAA